AUGUGUGAUAAUACCAAUCCUUCGACACAAAGUAUAGCGGACUACUUAGCUCAGUUGCUCAAAGACAGGAAGCAACUGGCUGCGUUCCCGAAUGUUUUCAUGCACAUGGAACGACUUCUGGAUGAAGAAAUAGCAAAAGUUCGAGCAAGCUUAUUCCAAAUAAAUGGAGUCAAGAAAGAACCCCUCAUUCUACCAGAGCCCGAAGGCAUGGUCACCACACUCACAGAAAAAGUAUAUGUACCUGUAAAAGAGCAUCCAGAUUUCAAUUUUGUUGGACGGAUCUUAGGACCGAGAGGUAUGACUGCAAAACAGUUAGAACAAGAAACCGGAUGCAAAAUUAUGGUCAGGGGCAAAGGGUCAAUGAGAGACAAGAAAAAGGAGGAUGCGAACAGGGGUAAGCCAAACUGGGAGCACCUGGCUGAUGACUUGCAUGUACUUCUCACAGUGGAAGACACAGAAAACCGAGCGAAGAUAAAGCUUGCCAGAGCUGUAGAAGAGGUUAAACGUCUUCUGGUGCCUCAAGCUGACGGUGAAGAUGAGUUGAAGAAGCGUCAAUUAAUGGAACUUGCCAUUAUAAAUGGCACGUACCGCGACUCUAGCACGAAAGCCGUCGUGCCCGUCAACGGUCAGUGCCUAAUAACGGACGAAGAGUGGCGUCGUGUUGCGGCGGAAACCCAGCGAUUGUUGGCACCAACAGCCGGCGGUGUGGGAAGUGUUUUACGUACAUCUGCGCCUUUGGGGGCACCAUUGAUUCUAUCUCCUCGUAUACCUGGGAGUGGCGCCCAAGCUGGGCUCAUUAACGGUAACGGGGCAGCCGCAGGCUUGCUAUCUCCCGGAGAGCCCGCCCACCAACUGAUAUACGCCUCGCCGUACGCAGAUUACGCAAACUACGCAGCAUUGACCGCGAACCCGCUCUUGACUGCGGAGUACGCGGCGGCCGACCAUACGGCGUCGAGAUAUCUACUCGCUGGCUUU